AUCUUCACCAAUUUAUUUAUUUUAUUUUUGUUAUUAUCAUGUGUAAUAUUAUAUAUGUAUACUUGAUCUUUAUAUGCUUACCCUUUGAAAACAAAACCUUAACACUCAAAGUUUAACAAACAAAUUUAUUCAUCAUUCAUUUUUUGUUACUCUAAUCAACAAUCCUUAACUUCCUCAACGUGCUUCUGUUAUGCUUUGUGUGUGAUGAUGAUAACAUAGAUUGAUAGAUAGAGACAAAUAUACUUUAUAAUAUUUCCAGAUGGUGUCCUAUGAAGAGAAUGAUAAUGAGAUUUUAAUGGAGCGUGCAUCUUAUGGAGGCCUUGAUUCGAGUUCUCUGAUAGGUCUUGAGUACCAGGAGAAAAUUUCUUCCGUGAUUAAGAAAUCAGAGUGGUUUUCACUUCAAAUGAAUCAUGCUGAUUCAGAAGCUGUGCAUGAUAAAUCACUUUCAUUUGCAAUUGGUUUGCCCAUACCUGUCACAUGGAUACGCAACGAAAUGGAGGAUAGUAGACAUGAAAAGUUGGGAUAUCACGGAGAUAUCGAUUCAAGUCAAUUGGCUCCUGACAUAUCGAGUAGCUCUUGGAGUGAUGCUGAUACAAAAAGUUUUCUACUUGGUUUGUUUAUUUUCGGAAAGAACUUUAUUCAGAUCAAAAGAUUUUUAGACAACAAAGGGAUGGGGGAAAUACUUUCGUUAUACUACGGAAAGUUUUACAAAACUGAUGGAUAUCGUAGAUGGUCGGAGUGCAGGAAGAAAAAAGGGAGAAAAUGUAUGAUUGGACGAAAGCUUUUUACUGGUCCGAGGCAACAUGAACUGUUGUCUCGCUUGAUUCCUCAUGUCUCUGAAGAAUCUCAAGAUACUUUGUUACAGGUUUCUAAGUCAUAUGUGGAGGGCACAACUUCUCUAGAAAAAUACAUAUCUUCAUUGAAGUCUAUUGUCGGACUUGGCGUUCUUGUGGAAGCAGUAGGUAUUUGUAAGGAGGAGGGAGACCGUACCAGGCUUGGUGUGGAACCUGCGAAGAAAAGUCAGGAGUUAAAAGCACCAACUUGCAAAGCUUUGUCUACUCUAGGUCCGAGUGAUAUUAUACAAUCUCUGACUGGAGGAUUUCGGCUGAGCAAAACCAAAAGUAAUGAACUCUUUUGGGAAGCCGUUUGGCCCCGUUUACUGGCAAGAGGUUGGCACUCCGAGCAACCAAAGUAUCGAGGCUAUGUUACCUCCAAAGAUUAUCUGGUUUUUCUUACUCCCGGUGUUGAGAAAUUUUCGAGGAGAAAACUUGUGAAAGGUGAUCAUUACUUUGAUUCAGUUAGCGAUGUCUUGCGCAAAGUAGCAGCUGAACCGAGUAUGCUUGAGCUUGAAGAAGAAGCAGCAGCAGCUAAAGUUGGUAGCUUUAAUGAGGAAGAGCCGGAAAGGGGAUCAAAUGAAGACGAUUUAUCCGAUGAUCAACGUCAAUGUUACCUCAAGCCCCGACCUUUUACUUACAAUAAAGAUCAUAUAAAAUUCAUGGUUAUUGAUACCAGUUUGGUGCAUAGCGGAAGGCCAUCUGAUUUAAGGAAAUUGAAAUCUGUGCCUAUCAAUUCAGUCAGUAAAGUUGAGGUAGAGCCUGCUGGUAAGAAAUAUAAAGGGCAAAAAUAUACGAGGAAAGUAAACCGUAGCAAGGAUACCUCUAAAAGCAUUAUACAGAAUUCGACAGAGUUGAAAGUUAUUGAUACCAAUAGACUUUCGGAAGGAAAACCAUUGAAGCUGAAAGUGAAACAAUUGAAAUAUCCGCCUGUAGAGUUAGAGGAUGCUUCUACGAUGACUACUGAUCUUCCGAGAGAAAGUAAGGAUGGCUGUUCAACCGAUGGUUCACCAAGGACGGUGGAAGCUAAGAUGCUGAUAUUUGGAAAAACAAAAAUCAACAAAACCGGUAGUCACAAAAGUGUAUCUAACAGUUAUGACACCAUUAAAAAUGAAGCAUAUGAAAAUCCUGAUAAUGAUGCAAACCAGAUGUUUGAAAACCAGAAAAAUCAACACACCUAUGCGUUUGAUGAUGAUCGUCUGAAGAGGAUCACAAAGCAUCAAUCCAAUCGGAGAGUAAGAUCAGGUGAUUCUAAUCAUGUAGUUGUUCCUAUUAAAAGGACGAAACUGACUGCUUGUGCCAAGGCAGACAAAACCCGCGUCAUUGAGAAUUCUUCAGGAGGUUUUGGAUCAGAAAAACAUGAAUUUUCUAAGUGUUCUAGCUUUCGCGAUGCCAACCAAAAUGUUUGUGAUCCAGUUAGUCAUCUGCAGAAAGGAAGUUCAACAUCUUCUUCAGCCGACAAAAGUGUGGAAGAGGAGGAUAAUGAAGAAAGCAUUUGCAACAACAAUUGUCAAUGCACAAUUUUUUCGUGUGUUAAAGUUAAGAAAUGUGAAUCUUUCACCGUCAAAAUACCUCAGGUUCCAUCAAAGUCUAAAAAUAGCAAAACGAUGGCAAUCGCAGAGGAAGUAGUUGUGGAGCCUUGGCGAAUCCCUUGUGAGGUUGGUUUUUUUGAACAAGAACCAAAGACUGAUAUAAUUCCUAGGAGACAGAGCUCUAGAAACAGACCAUUGACAGUUAAAGCAUUGGAAAGUAUAGCAAAUGAAUUGUUGCAUGUACAAAGGAGACAAAAAAGGAAAGACAUUGAGACACACAACAAAGAUUGUUUCAAUCCUUGUCGUAAGGCUCGUACAUGAGCCAAAACAAUUCUGUGGCAUCAUUGUUCAGAUCAUGGAACUGCAGUUUUGGUACAAGAAGAAAAACAUUUGAAUGGAGGAGAUGGUAGUAUUAGCUAAAUAUUGCACAAAUGUAGAGUACACAAAAAUGGCGCAAAACAAAACUUGUGCCAUGUGUAACAACUUUUUUAAGAUAGAUUAUAGAUAUAGAAAUGUUAUUAGAUGGAUAUGGAUCCUUCAUUAAUUUUUUUGUUGAGUAGCGAUGUUAAAUUCAUCGAUUAUCUUGAUUUGUCAGCAUGAAACAUGUCAGUCAGAUUAUGCUCUAAGACAAUCACCACGCGGAGCAGGCUAGACAGCAUCGUUGUUUAAUUCACACCGGUCAUCGACUCAACUAUGAUGCAAGAUCAGUGGAUCAUUGUUGAGUCACAUGAACUAACUCCUAUGACCAAAUCUAUUUUGAUAGUGACAAACUAGACUUUUACAAGAACAAAUACUCACACUGGAAUUCAACAUUUUGUAUAUCCAUAAGCGAUAUGA